GCCGACCAGAGGUUUGGAGUUCGCGGAGCCCGCACCUGGGAGCGCACCGCGAUGGGGCCGGGCUGAGCCUCCCAACGCCUAGCGAGCAGCGCGACCCCGGAUGGAGGGCCCGGCGGAGCUCGGCCCCGAGGCGGUGCUGCGCUUCCUCGCGGAACGCGGGGGCCGGGCCCGGCACGCCGAGCUGGUGCAGCACUUCAGGGGUGCUCUGGGCGGCGAGCCCGAGCGGCGCGCCCACUUCAAGGAGCUGGUCAAUGCCGUGGCCACUGUGCGCACCGACCCCGCCGACGGCUCCAAGUACGUGCACCUCAAACGGAGGUUCUGCGAAGGCCCACAGUCACCCAAGGCCGCGCCCCCUCGGGACUUGCCCCGCAUCUCGGUGACCGCAGAGCCCGAGCCCCAUGGCGGCGGUGAUCCGGAGGGGUCCGACGACCCGGCCAAGUGCUGGGAGAGCGGCUUGUGCCCCGAGGCGGCGUCCCCGGGUCCGGGCCGUGAACCCGGCGAUGGAGAGUCUUCCGCCGCCGCGCUUGGGCCGCCCAGUCUGACCGGCGACGGCCGGAGCGGGCCGUCCCUGAACGGCGGGGCCAGGAGAAAGAACUCGCGGCGCGGCGCGCAGCCUCCGGCCCGAGCACCAACCCCCGAGCCCAGCGAGGACCUGGAACCCCAGCCCCAGGGCUGCGAGGACGCGGACGGAAGGAGCUCUCCCGGGGGAACCUCCACCCCAAGGCCGACUCGCCAGAACCUCCGGGACCUUGUGAUGGGCAGCUCCCCGCAGCUGAAGAGGAGCGUCUGUACGGGGGGCAGCAGCACCGGGGGCUGCUCUGGGGGAGGACGCGGCAAAGGCGGGGGCGACUCGGACAGCGCUUCCGUUGCCUCGUCGGCGGAGGAGGAGAUCGGCAGCGGGGCCUCGGUGACGCUGGACCCUUUGGAACACGCCUGGAUGCUCUCGGCCUCGGACGGCAAGUGGGACAGCCUAGAGGCGCUGCUCAUCUGUGAGCCUGGCCUGCUGACCAAGCGGGACUUCAUCACCGGCUUCACUUGCCUGCACUGGGCUGCCAAGCACGGCCGGCAGGAGCUCCUGGCCAUGCUAGUCAACUUCGCCAACAAACAUCAGCUGCCAGUGAACAUCAACGCCAGGACGAGCGGCGGCUACACCGCCCUGCACUUGGCAGCCAUGCACGGGCACGUGGAGGUGGUGAAGUUGCUGGUGGGGGCCUACGACGCAGACGUGGACGUCAGGGACUACAGUGGGAAGAAGGCCUCUCAGUACCUGAGUCAGAGCAUCGCCGAGGAGAUCAAGAACCUGGUGGGAGCCCUGGACGAGGACGACGGUGAAAGUGCCUCAGGCGGCGGGGGUGGGCGCUGGAGGCUUUCAAAAGUGCUCCCUUCCCACCUCAUCACCUACAAACUCUCGCACGUCCUGGAGGAUGGAGGGGAUCAUCACCAUCACCACCACCACCACCACCACCACUUCGCUGAGGGAUGGGCAGGAGGCAAAGCAAAGGACCCAGGUCGCAAAGCCUCAGGCAGCUCUAGUGGGCGAAUAAAACCCAAACUCAACAAAAUCCACUUAAAACCCCAGAUCAUCCACACCACACCCUUUUUCAGAGACCCGGAGCAGGCCCUGGAGGAGGGGGAGCAGGAAGAAGAGGAUCGAUCUCUUAAAGGCCACUUACCCUCAUUCAAAUUGAGACCGAAGUCCAAUGUAUUUGGGUAAAAAUAAUUUUUGUAGAAAAUUCGAAGGGUUAUUUGUCAUCCGAAAUACAAUACUAGAGGUAGGCAAGUGAGACCAGAAAAGAUUAAGGCAAAAUUAUACAUUCUUACUUUGGGGGGUUGGAGUGGGAGAGGGCGGAAGGGGGGGAGUUUCCCCUAGUAGUCUUGAGUGAGGUGGCUUUCCAAGUGAUUCAUCAAACCUUGACCUAGGCCUCUUUCUCCAUGCCAUUCUUCUGCCCUGGAGUCCCUGUUUGUAAAGACUAGAGAUGUAUCUAAAUUGGAGGUACAGAAUUGAUGACUGAGGGUUUCUUUGAUUUAACCAUUAUUGGAUGCCAUGCUAAGUGAGGAAUAUUGCUCCUUUAUGAUUGUUAAAAGUGGUUACUCUUCCAAAAACAAGAUAUGCAAAUUGUAAUGAAAUUGGUAACAUUUGUUAAGUGUGAACGAAAACUAAUUGCAUUUGCUUUUUAAGAUUUUGCAAAGGUCAGGUAAGAGUUGAAAUGCAAAAAUUCUAAUUAGUAAAUGAAUAAAAAUGGGAAUCCUGUUGGUAUCCUACUGUAUUGUAAGUGUUCAGCUGUUUUUAAAAAGCAAUCUCAGCUUUAAUCACUCAACUAAAGAAAUAAGCAACAUUCACUUUGAGUUAAUCUGUAGUAUGCUUUCCUCUUAAUUAUCAUACUGCACUCAGAUUAAGGUACGUUAUUAAUAACUACACAAAUUUUUAUUUAAAGAAAAUACCUUGAACACCCUAUGUUACUUUAAAGUAAAAUAUUGCGUGUGGUUCCGAUUCUCGCUAACUUGUUUUGCUAUUCUAAAAGUCUAAAUUUGCUGAAGUUUUUAUUCUGGGGUUAUAUAACCAUUCUUUCUAUUUGACAUCACCCUAGUUGAUGAUGCUUAGACUUGAAUUGCCUACAGAACUGUUUCUGGUUUAGAUGAUUAGCAAAAAUUGGCAUAAGUGUAUGUGAGCCUAUGCUUCUCUCAAGUAAUAAUUAAAUCAACCUAAGGUACACUUUUUGUUUUACUAAUAAAACAUGCUCAUAGUCUAUACUUUGUAGCAAUAUUUUGCAAAUAUUUAAAAUACUAAAUCCUCUCAAUUUUUCAUGGUUUCCUUGAAUCUAAAUAGACAUACAGUGAAGUUAAUGAGAAGCUGGACAGUAACUCUACCCAGUUAAGAAUAGCACUUUAUAAAAGGGAAAAGAGAAGAGAUUGUACUGUUUCUAUAUUUAAAUGACGCUGGCUAUUGAAUUUCUUUACAUGUAAGUGAAAAAUACCAGUCAUUAAAAUUAAAGACCUACACAUGAUUGUUAAUUACAUUCCAUUCAAAUACAUUAGUGUGAAUAUUUUAUAAUUGUAAAAUUUAACUCACAAUCAUAUUAAAUCUAUUUGUAACAAUAUUCAAAACAACUUUUCUGGGAGACUAAUUCCACAAGUCCUUUAGUCUUUUUGAUCUCAUUAUUGAUGAAACAAGUACCUGCAGCCUAUAGAGAUUAAGAGGUGAGUUGGUGUGCAGAGUAAUGAACCAUUAUAUUAAUUGUAUACCACUGCAAUCUUUAGAGAGGUCUUAGAUCUUUAAUUUCCCCAAGUCAUAGAAAUUUGUAACAAGUUUAUCACACAUCUCUAGAGUGAAUCUGUUUAAAGAUUAAUGAAAAAUAUUCACAUAAAAUAUAUAAACUAUUAUCCAUUUAUGUGCCUUUAUUUUUAUUUUAGGAUUAUGGAAAUGGGGGCCAUGUACAUUUGAGAAGCACUUUUUCCACACAUGUGGGUGAAAAUCUAAUUUUGUAUAAAUUAAAAGUAGAAUCCUUGAAGGUGAAAGCCACUAUUUGCUCUGAAUCUGGUACACAUUACCUGUAUCUAGUGCAGAAUAAGCUAUAACUUCCCACUGAAGAAUCUUAUCUUUCAUUGACAUACAUGUAAGCUAAAGUAAACUAUAAAGAAUAUACACUUCAGAACCACCUAAACAUUCUAUUAAACAGUCAGUAUUAAGCUCUUAAAUGUGUAUGUUACUAAUUAAUUGCACAAAAAUCUGUAAUUUGCUAGAUCUUUAGAAAUUGAGCUAAUAAUUCAUUUAACUUUCUUUUCACACUAGAGAUUUUAACUUUUCUGAUAAAAUUUACUUUAAAUUCUCAAAAUCAUUCCUGAGGGAAACUACUUGUACAUUCCUUGUCACAAUGUGCUCAUGUAGCAUUUUCAGCUAUUUAACUCUAAUUCCUCUUAUUUUUCAGUUUCCAAUUUGAGAUUAUAAAAAGCAAAUUAUUUGUGUAAUUUGAUAUUUGUGAAGUUGUAUUUACCAUUAAUGGAAAUUAUGUCAGUUACUUAGAUGUUUGUUGAUAUGAAACUGUAUAGUUAGGAAACUCAAGAAUGUCCAUGUGUUUUUUUAUAGGUACAUUUGAAACUAAUGAAUGUAUGUCAUAGUUCUCUUCACAUUUAUGGUAUAUAAAAUGCAACCAGCUAAUAUAACUUGAAAAUCUGGUACUAUUUUAUUCAUACCUGAAAUCUGGGUGUCCAGGAUGCCUUGUCUUUUAUUUUUUAAAUAAAUGAAACUUUGGGAGCUUAGAAUGUAAAAUUUGUAGUUUGUUUUGUCAAAAAAUAAAAGGUUCAUACUAGA